UAUCGUUUGUACACCGAAAUUAAAAACUAUCAUAAAUGGGUGUGGUACUUGUAUUUUUCAGACCAAAAUUUUAGGACUUUAGUGCAUUGAUGUGCUGCGUACAGGGAUAAUGUCUCGACAAAGUGAAUAUAAAAGUUGCAUGCCGUUAGAUGAUGUGAUAGCAACAAAUGAUCUUAAGACAUCAAUGAGUUUAGGUAAAGCGUCAAACAGUAAUCAAGAGGAAUGGUUAGAAGCACAGCUAAUCAAUGGUUAUCGUGUAUGGCACAUUAUUUUUUUCAUCAUGACGGUCUUCUUCACAUUAGUGGUGUUUAUGUGCUGUUGUGUAAGAUUUCGAAUUCCCAGGACUAAACAAGAGAUAGAAGCUGAUUUUAUACGUCGUAAAAUUACGACAAAAUUUUGCAAACAAUUACGUCUAUUGAGUGAUACUGAAAUGGAUAACAUGGACCUGUUAAAAGCACUAAAACGACUUCAAUCAGAACUUGAAAUUCCUAGCAAUGAAACAGUAGAGGCAUCUGAUGAAGUAUUAUCAUCAACUAAAACUACUACGCCAAGUUUAAAAAAGUCUCCAAAAUCAUCAGAUUUUGAUUCUUCUGUAGAAAAACUAGACGAAGAACCUGAAAAUGUAUUGAGUGGUCGUCUAGCAACAUUGGUUAACGUCUUGAAUGUCAUGAAACCACGUCGUAAACAAACAGCUGAUGAAAUUACACCAAACCUUAUAACAGUUUAAAAUUAAUUACUGUAAUUCUCUUAGUUAAUGAGUAAAAAAUAUUUUUCAAAAAUAUUAACAAUCUUAUAUAGUUACAAAGCAUAUUACACUGAUAAAAAUAUUAUGAAUUAUAAUAUAUUAAACUUGGAAGCAAUGCCCAGGGCUUGAAAGUUUUAACAAAUGCAUAUUUUUUCUGGUAAGUUAUAGAACAUCAAAAGUAAGUUACAAAUUGGUUCCAUGGUGUCCUGAUAUCUUAUAAAAAAUGUUAUAUUACUAAUUUAUGCAUAUAAAAGGUUUUUAAUGCUAUUUUGCUAAUUUAGAGAUCUAAAUGUUAUGUAUAGGCUUAUUUGUAUAU